CUGGAUACAGACAACAACAGUCAGUGACAGACCGAGACCGUAUUUCUGUUUGCAAUCAGCUAUGGGUGUAGUGUAAGAAGAGAACACAGUAGCGCACCACAAUAUACCUCGAAGUUUCAUCCUCAUGAAGGAGCUCCGUCCUGGCUGAGUUUGGGAGAUGGGAGUACUCAAUAUUGCAGACCAGCCUCCUCUGGUCCAGGCCAUCUUCAGUCGCAAUGCUGAAGAAGUUCAACUAUUAUUGCACAAAAAGGAGGAUGUCAAUGCACUGGACCAAGAGCGUCGUACGCCACUUCAUGCUGCUGCCUGUGUGGGAGACGUCCAUAUAAUGGACCUCCUCAUUGAAUCAGGUGCCAGUGUACAUGCUAAAGACCAUAUAUGGUUGACCCCCUUGCACAGGGCAGCUGCUUCCAGGAAUGACAGGGCAGUGGGUCUGCUGCUGAGACGCGGAGCUGAUGCAAAUGCACGAGACAAGUUCUGGCAGACGCCUCUGCAUGUGGCUGCUGCCAACCGUGCCUCGCGCUGCGCAGAGGCCCUGCUGACCCAGCUGAGCAACGUGAACAUGGCAGAUCGCAGUGGCAGGACUGCCCUGCACCAUGCGGCGCAGAGUGGUUUCCAGGAGAUGGUGAAGCUGCUGCUGAACAAAGGGUCCAACCUGAGUGCCAUCGAUAAGAAGGAGAGACAGCCUAUCCACUGUGCUGCUUACCUGGGGCAUCUAGAGGUUGUGAAGUUACUGGUGUCACGCAGUGCUGACAAGAGCUGCAAGGACAAACAGGGCUACACACCUCUCCAUGCUGCUGCUGCAAGUGGUCACAUUGAAAUUGUAAAGUACCUGCUGAGGAUGGGGGCAGAUGUGAGUAACUAUAUUGAUGAGCCCAAUGGCUUUGGAAACACUGCGCUUCAUGUGGCUUGCUACAUGGGGCAAGAAGCUGUGGCUACAGAGCUGGUGAACCAUGGAGCUAAUGUUAAUCAACCCAACAAGUGUGGCUACACCCCUCUGCACCUGGCUGCCGUCUCCACCAACGGUGCCCUCUGUCUGGAGUUGCUGGUCAACAAUGGGGCAGAUGUCAACCAGCAGAGCAAAGAAGGGAAGAGCCCCCUGCACAUGGCAGCCAUUCACGGACGCUUCACACGCUCUCAGAUCCUCAUCCAAAAUGGUGGGGAAAUUGAUUGUGUGGAUAAGUAUGGCAAUACUCCUCUCCACGUUGCUGCUAAGUACGGCCAUGAACUGCUGAUCAGCACUCUGAUGACCAACGGAGCAGACACGGCCAGACGUGGGAUCCAUGGAAUGUUCCCCUUGCACUUAGCUGUGCUGUACGGGUUUUCAGACUGUUGUCGCAAGUUACUCUCCUCAGGUCAGCUGUAUAGUAUAGUUUCAUCUAUGAGUAAAGAGCAUGUACUAUCAGCUGGGUUUGACAUAAACACCCCUGACAACUUUGGGAGGACCUGUCUACACGCUGCUGCCUCUGGAGGAAAUGUUGAAUGUCUGAACUUGCUUUUAAGUAGCGGUACCGACUUGAAUAAGAGGGACAUAAUGGGAAGGACACCGUUGCACUAUGCGGCUGCUAAUGGGAGGUACCAGUGCACUGUGACCCUGGUGAGCGCUGGCGCUGAGGUCAACGAGCCUGACCAGACAGGCUGUACUCCCCUGCACUACUCUGCUGCCUCUCAAGCCUUCAGCAGAGUUGAUCGUCAUUUUUCUGGGAGCCAUCAGAACGAUGAGGACGAGGCAAAGGAGUCAUACUUCUGCUUGGAGCAUCUUUUGGACAAUGGUGCUGAUCCAUCAAUGGUGAAUUCAAAGGGUUACAGUGCUGUUCACUAUGCAGCUUACCAUGGCAACAAACAGAACCUGGAGCUGCUCUUGGAGAUGUCCUUUAAUGCACUAGGAGACAUAGAGAGCAGUAUUCCAGUCAGUCCACUGCAUCUUGCUGCUGAUAAGGGCCACUGGCAGGCUUUGCGUGUGCUCACAGAGACUGCGGCAUAUGUGGACAUGCAGGAUGCUGCAGGUCGUUCUGUACUCUACUUGGCUGCACAGAAAGGCUACGCACGCUGUGUGGAGGUGCUAUUGGCCCAGGGGGCUUCCUGUCUCCUCAAUGACAACCGCCUCAUGUGGACUCCAAUUCAUGUUUCAGCUGCGAAUGGACACUCUGACUGCCUGCGCAUGAUGAUUGAUUAUGGGGAGGAGGGAGAUCUCACUAACAUGGCAGACAAAUUUGGCCAGACCCCUCUGAUGCUAGCUGUUCUCGGAGGACACACUGACUGUGUCCACUUCCUGCUGGAGAAGGGUGCCUUGCCAGAUGCCAAGGACAAAAGAGGCAGCACGGCUUUGCACAGAGGGGCUGUGUUGGGCCAUGAUGAGUGUGUGACAGCCCUGCUGGAGCACAAAGCUUCUGCUUUAUGUCGGGACACCCAGGGUAGGACACCGCUGCACUACGCUGCAUCCAGAGGCCACACAAAGAUCCUGGCCAGUCUGGUGCAGGCCGCCAUGGCAACAGACCCACAAGAUAAAUUGCUGGACAACAAACAAUACACCCCAUUACACUGGGCUGCUUACAAAGGGCAUGAAGACUGUUUGGAGGUUUUACUUGAAUAUAAAACAUUUAUCCAUGAAGAGGGAAACCCUUUCACCCCCCUGCACUGUGCUCUGAUGAAUGGCCACUGCGGUGCUGCAGAAAGACUGCUGGAAACCUCUGGGGUCCACAUGAUUAACACCAGAGAUGCCAAAGGAAGGACCCCACUGCAUGCUGCUGCAUUUGCUGAGGAUGUCGCAGGACUUCAGCUCGUGCUUCGUCAUGGAGCAGAUAUCAAUGCAGUGGACAAAAGUGGACGCUCUGCUCUGAUGGUAGCUGCUGACAAGGGGCACAGCGGCACCGUGGCCAUCCUCCUUCACCGGGCCAAGGCUGACCUGACACUGCUGGAUGAGAAUAGGAACACUGCCCUGCACUUGGCCUGCAGCAAGGCUCAUGAGAUGUGCGCCCUGCUGAUUUUGGGCGAGAUCCACAGUCCCACUCUGAUAAAUGCCACCAACAGUGCUCUGCAAAUGCCCCUCCAUCUUGCAGCACGCAAUGGCCUGGCUACGGUGGUGCAGGCACUGCUGAGUAGAGGAGCCACGGUGCUGGCUGUGGAUGAGGAAGGACACACCCCAGCUCUGGCCUGUGCUCCCAACAAGGAUGUGGCUGACUGCCUGGCUCUGAUCCUCUCUACCAUGAAGCCUUUCCCCCAGCGGGACCCUUCCUCCUGCUCCUGCUCCUCUCCUACAGUCUCCCCCUCUCCGGGUCUCAACUUGUUGAAGCACUGCGGCAUCACCGCCGCCUGCGCCCCGCUGCCCAGCAACGGCCUCCACAACGGCUACGUCAAAGACCGUCACGGUGCACCAGUUGGCCUCGACGGGUGUCUGUCUGAGUGAGGCCACACGGCCCUCUCAGUCAGCUGCUAUCACCAUCAUCACCACCAGGGGGCGACUCCCUUUAAAAUGGCCCAGAGGACCAGGAGAGCACCCACCCACAUGUCUGUUUUGUGUAUGUAUGUGUUUGUGUGUCUGUGUGUGCGUGAGUGUUUGGUCUUCUCUUGAGGUGCAGUCAAACCUAAUAUGCAAUUAGAUCCCAUUCCUCCAUCUCCUAAUAGUGCUUAAUAUGUAGAGGCACAUUGCUCUACAAGGUCACUCAGAUAAAGUGUGGCAUUCAAAAUAAACACUAGCAAUCUGGCCAUCUCUAAAUCAUUUAACCCUUUAAAAUCAUGUUGACAUAGUUAUAUAACCAACAUUUAAGAGCAUGUCUGUAUCCUCGACUGUAUUUCGCUUCAUAUCACUCACUAUAAAGAAAGUCAUAUCAUGUUAAAUCAGUUGCAGUGACCUUGUAGAGGAACAUACAGCCUUCCCAAAUUAAUGAUCAAAGAGUUUCUUUGUUUUUAUGGUAAUUACUUUCUUCUUUUUUUUUCUUUUUAAUUUUGUUUUUAAAUUGUCCGUUAGCCUAGAUUUUUAUGAAGGAACCACACAAGGGAAAAAUCUAAAUUUUGCUUCAGAGUGCAAUGCUUGUGUACUACAGUACAAUCUGCAAAUUUGGAAAAGGGUCACAAAGAUGUUAAUUCCAUAGUGUACUUUAAAUGUACGGCCUAGAAUUGUUUGGCAUUUUAAGAUAAUUUGGUAAUGCUGCUGAAUACAUUGGCAUGCUCUCCUUCCAAAGGAGAGCCAUGCUUGGGUCAGCAUCGUAACAUCGAUCUGUUCUUAAUGCUGACUUCAUUUUUUUUAAAGAUGCUAAAUAAGUGUUUGUUAAGCUAGAAUGUUUCUAAGCAUAUAAGUUAUGACCAAAGUUGAUCAACACUACUAUGGCUAUAAAUUAUUUAUUUGAGAUGAACUGUACUGUAUAGAGAAAGACAAUAGAUCUCGAUAUACCUCGUCAACUCGUUUAGCAGCUGCUUCAUCUUCACCCAGGGUCCGUAGGCCUAAUGUUCUCUUUUUGUAGGACUAGAGAACUACUGUAGGAUAGUGACUGACUGAGGCCUUGUUCUAUUCUAGAUGAAGGCUUUACUAGUAAUAUCUGCCAACAACACCUCAUCAAAGCAUCAUAUAUCUGAGCACAUAAGUGAACAAGCCAUUUCAAUUUAUUUCCCAUCUCUUUAACAGUGUUUUUAAGGAAAAGAUUUUAGAAUCUGAAUGGCCUGAUUGUUGAAAAGAGAGUGAUCAAUUUUGGGUUUUGGCACUAAUGUUUUUGCUCUUUGUGUUUCUGAAGUUGAACCGGCCAUCAGCAUUGCGGUUUUAACAAGCUCUCUCUAAAGGAGUAUUUCUUGGAGCUGAUGAACUAGUCUUAAGCAUCUAAUAGCUUAUAUGUCAACCGGUGAACGCUGAUCAAUUAGAACAGAUUAAGGAGUAUUGUCUGCUAUUUUUAUUGGGCAGUUUUCAAGCAAUAUUUUCUUUUGGCCUUCUUUUGUUUGGCGUUAUUGAAUAGACAAUCACUGUCACAAGGGCUUUUGUUUCCCUGGAAUGUGUUUUGAUUUUUCCUUUUUUUUCGGGGGUUAGUUUUUUGGGUUUUUUUUAUUAUUUCAUGGAAAAAUAACCUAAAGACUAAACGAAUGGCUCUGUGUGCCGGGCAUUUUACUGUCAGUGUCAACACAAAUGCACUGGAUUGCCUUUAUGGCAUCUCAUGAAAUGCCUUUUUGACCCAUGCCUUCCGUACAUAACACAUCAUUUCAGUUGGAUUGCUUAAUGGCAGAGAAUGACGAGCCCUAAGACCAAUUAUGUCUCCACCAAUUUGAUUGGAACAGCAUUAAACCACAGUGUCUAGUGGCAAUAAAACUGCCCGGCUUUUCUUUGUGUCCCGGCAUUAUCAAAGACCAGGGAGUUUGAAAUCCCUAAUAGAAUCAAAUAGGGCUAAGAGGAAAAAGAGAGGGAUCUUUGCUUAGGCCAAUACCUGUUACUUAGAUUUCAGGAAUAGCAGAAAUCCAAAUAUGUGCUUUUUUUUGUGUUCAUUUCUUUUUUUGUCUCUUCAUCCCAUUUUCUGGUACUAAGCAUACUAAAGAUGAUUGUAUCGGACCACUAGAGCUGUUUGUGACUUUUAGAUGUUAUACCUAUGCUAUUUUGUUGUUGUUGUUUUUAUUUUUAAAAACCAUCGGCUGGUGGUUAAAUUACACUGAGUCAGAUUGUUUUCAUUGGCGCGAUAACUUCAUAUCCAGUGGUAAUGAAGUGGCACAAUUGCACACGUUAGUUGACUGGAUGAGAGAUGAGGACCUAGGCUAGGCUAUGUUGUUAAAUACACCUUACAAAAACACUUUCACAUAAUUGUAUUUAACUUGGUUUUCUAAAACUGACAAUAGUACACGUUAGGGCAGUGAUUUCUAUGAGUUAAUGAUUCAUAGUUGGCAUUUAAUACGACCUCUAUAACUGACUGAAAUGAAGCGAAACUAAUUGGUGAACCCCAGCCUUCGUUCUCUUGAUUAGUUUAUAAUUUUCUCGAGAACCAAUAUAAUAUUACUGGGGAUAGGUACAUACUUUGUUGUAAUCUCAGGAUCUGUGCUGAAACAACAGGCAGAAUUUAUUAAUCCAAUCAGAUCUCUGCAGGAUUAUUAUGUCUACACUUUUUCUUCUUGAUGGGAUGUUCCAUAAUUGAAUUCCUUUUUAACCCCAAUCCCACAGCACUUAAUUAGAUAGUCAAGCACGCACUUUAGUACAUUCAGGUUCUAAGUGUGCAAAAUAGAGCAGAUGUAAUGUAUGUACUUAUGUUUACAUGCAUGUGUAAUGCUGCUGAAAACAGGAAAGUAGGGUUGUAAAAAGACAAGCAAAGGCUGCAAUGAAAUUGUACUCUAACAAUGCAUUAUUUAAAAUAGGAAAAAAAGAAAAAAAGCAGGUGUAUUUUCGGGGACAGUGUCCACUGCCCGCUGACUUGAGUUAUCGGUUUCUGGGUGCAUGGCCCAGCAGCGUGAUAUGGUUACAUUACCCAGCCUACUGCUGACGACAUAGACUCUGGUCUAAGUCGCUUAAAGUCAGUCCAAUGAUUUUUAAACACCUCAGGCAGGCUCCUCAAAAACUACAUACUCUUUCUGCCAUCAGUAGGUGCUGUCAGGCCAGCCUGUCCAGGCAGGGGUGUCCUUUUUUAAUUUUUUUUGCUUGCCUCUUGUGAUGUCCAUAUCUGACCAGUAAAUGGAGCCAUUGCCCCUUGCAACUAUACAAGUCGUAACUGAAUCCUUUUGUUUUAUUACAGUGUUCUUAUACAUGCUUUUUUCAUUAUUAUUAUAUUAUUAUUAUUUGUGUGUACCAGUAAUAACUGAAUGAUUGUGCACGGAGCUAGAUCACGAUUUUGAUAUAGCAACGAUUAAGCAAAUGGAGCAUAUACAAUAUAUCUGGAGUCAGAAAUGGAAAGCAAUGAAAGGUCCACUUGUAGCAAUAGCGCACGUGCGUGUGUAAUAGUGUGCAGCACAAAUAUUGCACUGCCAUCUGUUUAGGCCAGUUCAGUAAAUCAAAGCAUAAAUGCCAAUGGAAGAUUUAAAUGCGGGUUAGAUGUCAUAAUCUUUGGUCACAAAAAAACAGGCCUGAUUGCCAAAAUGUGUUAAGGGGGGAAACCCCUCUUAGUAAAGCAGCAAUGGAUUUAUGCAUUCAAGCAGUUUACAGUCUGACCAUCAAAUCUGAGCCAUGAAUUUUCUGACUGAAAUGAAUGUAGGGUCAGUUUAGAGCAGGACAAAUUGCUUUUUCCCGACUUUAAACUGUUGCUCUUCAUUUGUCUUGCAUAGAUAUGAUUAUACAGGUAGCAUGUAGUAAAAUAAUUCUCUGCAUAUUAUACUGUGUGUGUGGUAGUCUUCCUGCAUCGAAGGUCUGGAUAUUUCUUUUGGCAUUAUCAUUGGUGUAUAGGCUUACUGUUGUGAAAUAUCACGUUUCUUUCUCUAUACAUAUUGUGUGGAGUGUAGCCUACAAGGUAAACGGAGGACAGGAGUUCAGAUGAAUUCAACAUUCAUAUUCAUCCAUUCCAUUGAGAUUGCCUUACAGUACAGUAAAACAAGAGGGACAAGAAGGUCUACAGUAGAUACGAUCACACGUUAAAUAGCCUAUAUUUGACAAAAAAUGCACCUAAGCUACACCCAUUUAGUGCCAUAGAAACCUUGAUUUGCCUUUAGACAUUAAUCACAUUUACUCAGUCAGUAACAUAUUCAGACAUAGGCAGGAGUAUUAUAAAUUUUGUGUUUGGAGCUGCAUGCGUUUCACCAGUUAUAUUAGUCAAAAUAAAAGCUAUAAAUAUUUGCAUGGGAUAUUCAUACUUGAAACCAAGUAUUCUGUUUAAAAAAAAAAAAAAAAAAAAUUUGGUGUUGCUAGAAGUCUAUUUUAUAAUUGGACAUUUUUUGAAGAAUAUACUUAGUCCCUUUGGUAUUGGCAAAGCAGUCCCUAGGUUUUGUGGUAAAUAAGGUGGUUUGUAAAGUGUGUUACAAGGAGAAAAAAAACAAUUUUUGAUGUCCAAAACUGCAUGGUAUAUAUACAGAAUAGAACUGAUUUGCCUCAAUGGAUGUCUUGGUUCUUACUUGAAGUAAAUGGCAAAUUUCAAUUCAGCCCUCUGAUCCACUGUUGAGCCUUUUGCCUUAAAAGCUAUAAAAGAAAACGAUACCUGGCAGUACCUGUUUAGUUGUGUCACCUUCAGAGUUAUGCUGCUAGGUUGGAUUGCUGAAAAAGAAAAUUGGCUUUUUUUUUUUCUUCUUUUGUUUGGUCUUACAAAAAUCUCUGGGUGUCAAGAAGCACACAAAUAAAUUGAGGUAGCACAUAGCUCAAGGUUGCCAUGGUGCAGAGAUUGUUCGGAGUGGUUGGGAUCUCGCCAUAUUUUCCACUGUGAAUGAAUUCAGAGUUCACUCGUAAACAAUCAACUUUGGCUUAUGUAAUAUCUAGAGCCAAACGACCGGGGUGGGGGGUGGGGGGAGAGCAGUGGUGUACCUCAGAAAUAUUCAGACAGAAAAGAAAUUCUUGCUUGUACAGCUAUGCUAACAAAGAGUUCAGAUCUUUUGAUCCAUUUUGUUGUGAGUUGUGUAAUUCUGCUUAAACCAGCCUAAAUCAGAUGUAUCUACGCGGAAGUGUUUGAAUAGUGUCAGUAGAUGUCUCAUGUUUCCUACCUUACGAAGGGGCAGCCAACUGCACUUUGUACUUUUUAUUGGACCUGCAGUUUUACCUCAUCAGUGAUCUUUUGUGUGACAAUGCUGACAUUGAUCCUCUGUGAUUCUUUUUGGGGGGGGGGCGUUCUUUUUUUCUUUUUUUUUUUCCUUCCUGAUGCCAGUCGUGAAGAUUUCUCGUGUAGUGUGAGUGACUUUUCAACAUAAGCCCUUUUAUUUUUUUUUUCCUUUUUUAACUGAAAACUGAACUGAAAAGCCUAGUUAACCCUGUUGCGACAUGUUUCUCUUUAUUACGAUCAACCAAUGACUCUGUUAUCUGACGCAAGUCAUGUGGAGCAAAGAGUAGAGUCUAAGUUAAGGUGGGAAAUGAAGGUAGCUAUAAAACUUUACCUCUGUAAGUCAGAACAAUACAAGUUUUACAUUAUGACUAAUGCUCGUUUGACCGCCUUCCCUGCCUGAACACUUGGUCAUUAAUUUCCCCCACCAAUAAGACCUGUGUAAUAUCGAACACAGUGUUGGCAUGGUGCCUUUUAUUUGUUACUACCGAAAGGUACGGUCUUCCAUUUGUAUUUCCCAGAAGCCUUAUAUUGGGAAAGAGAAAUUACACUGAACAUACAUGACUACAGUAGAUGGGCUCAUACUCCCACUGAGCAUUAUUACUUCAAUCUAGUGUGAUCCAAGUUAAAACGACAAAAACAAACAAAACACUCUAAAGAACUCCUACAGUUUUAGUCUGGAUUUCACUAUUUGCUCCCUUCGGGAGGCUGAAUAACUUGCACAGUACUGAUGCGAUUUAGGGCACAUCAAACAUCAGAUGGAUGGGGAUCAAUAGUAUGAAGCACAAAUCCAAAGAAGGCACCUCGGGACUCAGCUGGCUCUCUCAACAAUAAGCGAAGGAGCCUAUAGACCAAAUUGAGGCAAAGAAGUGAGGAAAAACAUCUAACUCCCUAGUGCAGGAAACAUGAGGUUUGAUUGUCAGUAACACAUUAACUGUAGAAAGACCAUUGCCUGGAAUUUCAGAGCUUUCUUCUGAUUGUUCUUCUCAACUCUUGGGUAUUCGUUGACGGUUAGUAACUUCACAGCGCAGAUUGUGAAACAAUGCGGUACCUGAAUUCAACAUCAGACAUAGGUAAACUGUUUGUUGUGACUGUGUUGCGAUUUGAUUGUGGAGAUUGUUUUUUGUCUUUUAUUUUUAGGCUAGACUGACUACAAGUAGGGUUGCAGUAGUAGCUGUGUGCAGUGUUAAUAACAGUGUGAUCAUAUUAUAGGAGUGACGUAACAUUUGUUGUCUUACUUCGACAUUAAGGCAUGGAUCAUCUUCUCUCAAGCUGACCUCGUUUGAAAUGGAAGAUAAAAGUGCAAUAACCUUUUGUUUAUCAUUGCUUCCUCAGUUGGGAAAAAUAUUUAAUAUGCCCUUUUCUUUUUUUGUUAACACCAAAAGUCACUCAUCUGUAGCAAAUGAAGGAUUUCAAGUGGUCCUCUUGUUUGUGAUCAGAGAGGUGGCAUUUGAUUGUGGAGUGUGUGAUAUUCCAUUCUUAAAACUGUGAUCGACAUACAUCUUUAACAGCUGCCUGCUCAGACAAAGGACCCUGCACAAGUUGAUAAAUUUGAGUAGGAGCAUUUUUUUUUUUCUUCUUUCUUAUGGAUGGACUUUGAUGGUAUUGUAGUUUGGACUUCUGGUUUAAUAGCCGGUAUAGACAUGUUCAUUUGCAUGUGUAGAUGUGUAUAUGCAUCCUUUCUUCCUCCUUGAAUGAAAUGUUUUCUCAAAAAAAAACAAAAAAAAAACAACCAUAUUUAGACCUGCUGUCGGUGAUGUAUGCGGAUAAAUGGAAAUAUGAAAUGCCUUAUAUUUGUUUUCAAUGUUAAGCAUUAAGGGUUCUUACAUGUCCCUCCCUUUUCAGCGUGUAGCCUAAAGCUUGUACAGUUAAGAAACUCAUGAGAUUUAUAUCUACUGUAUAGCCUGUGUGUUUUCAGAAUUUGUUACUUGGAGGUCCUGUGAUUGUGGUUUUAGAGAAACAUUCCCCUUGAAAGUGCCGUUUGUUUUCACCAGCAAAAGAUGUGUCUUUGGGGGGAAACCUUUAUUUACACGAAGGAAAACAAAUGUUCAAAACACUUUCCAGUGUUUACUGUCGAACUGAAUGACACAACGCAUUCGUGCAGUUGAACCAAGGCAGCAAUCUUCUGAUGGAGCACCUUAUCGACAUGCUCCUUCUGUGAGCCCACAAUAGAAGUAGUCUCUCACCAAGCUUGAUUACUCUAAAGCAGAGCCAUAUCAAAGAAUUUGCCCAUUAGGAGCCCCCUUGAAUGUGCUAUUAGGAAUAGCCUACUGUAGGAAAGGAUGUAUACUGCAUGUUCUUUGACAUUUUAGUAGUGGUUGUCCCUCUUUUUCUCUUUUUGUUUCUCCGUGUUUUUAUGUUUAGUCUGCUUCACUGUAGAUGUUGCCACCUCAUUGCAACUCACGAGCUAUUAACAAUCCUCUCACAACUGGACUUAAAGCAGGCGUUGAUCUGCUGCUGAGGCAGCCUUAAGUCAUUGCGAGUUUUAAAAAGGAAACGCUAGUUCAAUGGGUUGCCUGUUUUGUGUUAUUUUAUUUUGAGUGGCUUAUUAUGGGGUAAUGACAAAGGAGCCCUUAUCAUGAGUGGAAGGACUUUGAAUCAGGUCAUGUGAUGAAUUACAAUCAAAGAGUUUCACAGUGCACCUUCACAGAAAGUUAAACAAAAAAAAAAAAAGUUGGCUUGUCCACCCAACAUUCCAAAGUUGAUUUAAUUUUCCACAGUCCUGUCCCUCUGAUUGAGGAAUUUUAUUUUAUUUUUUUCCUCUUUGCUGGUGAAUGAAGUGGGCAUGUGUGUCAACGACAGGGUUCCCUAUUUAGCCUAACGCUGAUUACCUCAUUUACAAAUCUGCAAAUAUACUAUUCUACUGUGUGUAAAGGAGUCAAUGCCAUCACCAGCAGCGCGGUCUCGAGACCUGUGAUGACAACAGGACCAAUGAAGUUGAAAUUAGUCAAUUUUGAAAUAUGACCAGUCUGGGAAUAUAGGGUUAAGACACGAUUCAGACAUUAUUUUUUUUUUCUUCUUCUUCCUUUUCUUUUUUUUUUUGUAAAGAUGAAUGAGCCUAUUAAGAUUUCUUUAACUAGUACAUCACCACAGCUGCUACCCCAGUCAAUGCAGGAGCUGUCAGAAAGCUGCAGAUACUUUUAUUGUUUGUUUUUUAAAUAGCCAAGUCAAUAUUCAAAGUUAAAAUCAAACACUUGUUAAAACACAGCUCUUCAAACUCCAACUGGACUAGCAGCUGUUGGCACUAGCAUGGUUCAGGAAGCCUGGUGUAUCACAAUUGUUUAAGUGAACGAUCACAUUAGCUUCACUUGCUGUUUUUUCAGUAGCAUUUCUCCUACCUCCUUGUUUUGCAGCCUUGAGUAUUGUUAGUCUCUCCACCUGUUCUGACUUAAAAAAAAAAAAAAAAAAAAAAAAAGUUUAUUCACAGUACGGGAAUACAGAUUUAUCAUAAGCAAUGGUAGUUAUACAUAAAGUGUGCUUGGUUGUGCUGUAUGUGUACUUGUCUAUUUGACGUUGGAAAAAAAAAAUAUUUAUGAGAAGCAUUUAUACGACAAAAUACCACUGGAAUGUGAAGCCAGACAACGUUAUGAUGCAGAUUAUGAUGAUAGUCUAUCCCCUUUAACAUUCAGUGGCGAAUGGUCAGAGGAAUCAUCUUUUUAAGAAAAUGAAUAACCAUUGGCUUUAUAUUUUAACAGCAUUUAUUUCUUUGGUUUCCUCUUAUGCAUAUACUUCCCCCAUCUAGCCCUAUGGUAUACAAUAUUUCAACGUUUACAGCUUCCUUCUGGGUCAGCCAUUGAUUUUUAUUUUUUUUUAUUUUUUCUCCCCCCUACAGUUGUAAUGAUAUCACAGUUUGUCACAGGGAUGAUAGUAAGGUGUAUUUGUAAAUGUGGAUGAGUUUGAGCCCCUCGAGCCGUAUGCCUUUGAAUCCAUCUGUCCACUCUGUACCAAAUUCUGCUACACAGGCGUCUUGUUUCCGCACUGCCCCAACAUUUUACAUCCAGUUUUGAGUACAAAGGGGUACGGGACAAAGGUGAAAGGUUUGAGGUUUUUCAGACCAGGCCCCGCCAUCCCACCACCCUCACAACCACCCAACAGCUCACCCAUGCCUACUCUAAGACAGGACCAGCCCAACUCCCCCACCCCUCCCCUCCCCUCUCACCCACUGUCUCACCUUUAACCUCAAGCCAUUCAUUUUUCUGUUUUUGUUUUAUUUUAAUUUUUUUCGACAAUGCAAUCCUGAAAGCACUUUGCCUUGUUAUUCCUUUGUGUGAACAUGUGAAUGAUAAUUUGUUACAGAAAUGUUAAAUAUGUAAAAGAUCAUUCACUGUUUUGGAAAAACCUGCAUCUGUCUUUCUGACGUUAAAAGGAAAAAAAAAAACAAUUUAGUGACAUUAAACCUGAAUCUAUUUUAUAAAAUGUUUGCUGCAGCCAAUUGGUCUUGUCAUUCAGUAUUGUGGCUUAGGGUUGUUUGUGUUCAAUAAAGUGCUAUUGCUAAAUA